CUAGUGGAGCUCCAAAGAAAAGCGCCGUUUGAUCAACGCAGACGCCUUUAGUACAGAUGUACCCAAGCCAAAUCGAAGUAGUGGGGAAGAAGAUGGAGAUUGCAAAGAAGACAGAGAAGUCGACGACCCUGUAAUUCAGGACGAUGCCGCACGAAAACAACGAAACCGGCGGAGCAGUUAACACGAAGACACGUGGAACUGUCGAGAUCAAGAUGUCGGAUAUGACCGAGGUGGAGUUUGCCGGCGGCAGAGGAGUCUCUGCUGCUACCUCGUACUCUACAUCAGACUCCAGAAACUUCGGCCAACAUAUGUCUGAGAAUUCCACCCCUACCCUCAGACACCAAGAGUCCCAUAAAGGCCACAAUGGCCACUGCGUGGACAGGAGCUCACAUGCUUUCUAUCACCGUCGAUGCUGCACCUUCCGAUGAUACGCGGCUGUCGAAGAAGCUGAAGCAAUCCGAGUCAUCUAACAGCGCAUCCCCGGCCAUCAACAGCGCAUCCCUGGCCAUCAACAGCGCAUCCCCGCCCAUCAACAGCGCAUCCCCGCCUAUCAACAGCGCAUCCCCGCCCAUCAACAGCAAGAUCAACUUCACGCACAAGUUCGUGCAGCAUCAACGCCGCAUGGUAAACCUCGAAACCGAAGUCGAGCCACUAUUGCGCAGUUACCCCGGUGUUCGAUCUGCUAUUGCCCUUGGUUGGAAGCAGAGAAUUAUCGCAUUCGUCACACCCGAUACUGUUUCCGCAAGUAAAUUACAACAGCAGUUGCAAUAUCAAGCUGAGCCCUCUGUGGUGCCAGAUCUAGUAUUUGCGCUUGAAAACCUUCCACUGGCGGCGGGCGGAGGAGUAGUUGAUUUCGAGACCCUCCUAUCAACCACGGUAUAUAGCUGUCUUCAAAAAGGAGAAGGAUUCGGCUGUCUAUAUUGCGACAAGUCGUUCCGUACGGAAGCUCGCGCUAUGAGGCAUCUGCGAGAUCACACGGGACCAUUCUUCAUCUGUUCCGUACCCGAUUGUCGAGCACACAUCGGCGAAUUUCGUAUGAGCCGGAAGCUGCUGCACUCUCACAUGCAUAGACACAAGAAACAGGGCUAUCCAGGUCUGAAGGAUCUCCCGGGAAAUCUUCAACCGCGAAUACCUGAUGUUGACGACAACUGGGUACGAACCCCCCAAGAGAUCCAGGACCAUAUUGCCAAGCUAUUGGCCCAGAGAGUGAGACCCAAUGCCAUUCGCGACGACAACGAAACGCUACCAAUUGUGGAUAUGGAGCUGUCUUUGGAAGAAAGCAACCGAUGCGAAUGGUACAGCAUGUUGAAACAACAGGCUACUUCUCUAACUGAGUCUGGCGCUACAAGACCAACCAGUAUCACAAGAGAGAGACAAGCAGAAGUAUUGUCAUAAUCUGGGCAAAGUUGAAAAGGAGCUUUUGGCUGGACUUCAAGCAAACUUUGGCAACUGGGGCAAAAUGUGCCUCGGUCCUCGGCCUUCCCUAGGCUGGGUAA